GAGAGACUGAGAGAGACUGUGAGUGAGACUGAGAGAGGGAGAGAGAGAGACAGAGAGAGACGGUAUAUGUGAUGCCAUUAUAUGCUAUAUUGUGUGUAGUUGUGAGCCAUUACUCCAUACCAAGUGAUGACUGAUUUGUUGUUGUCUAAUGUAAUGGUGUUUUGUCGCACAGUUUCACACACACCGACACUCGACCGAUAGUCCAGCGGAUCCAACAGAAAUCUAAUUGAAUGCUAAACACAAACACAAUCUGUGGUUAAUGUAUGGGACGAGCGAUUGUGGGCUUAAAUCCAUAGCAAACCUAUCGAUUUGUUUAAAUGGAGGACAGGAUGGGCGGACCUCAAGAGGGAAGUGCACACAACAUAGUCAGAGGGUUUGUGUCCGCACCUAAUCUGCCCGUCAAUACGUCGACUCACCCGACGAUUGCAACGCAACACCAAAACAAUACAAACUAUAACUCAACGCAACCACAGAAAGACAUGUCUUCGUCUGUGGCGGCGCCGAAGCUGUCGUCAGCGGCGGCCGUCGUUCCCAAGGCUGAGGCCGCGGACCGAACGGCUGAGCCGUUGAGAGCGGGUUUAGAGCCGGUGAACGGUGUCGUACAGCCGCCGGUCGUCCCGCCGGACGGCAAACAACACCGAAACACUUCUCAAUUGCAGUUUCUGUUGAAAGUAGUGAUAAAGGGUUUGUGGAAACACACCUUCUCCUGGCCUUUCACAGCACCCGUAGACUCAGUCAAACUCAAACUUCCCGACUAUCACAACAUCAUUAGACAACCCAUGGAUUUGGGAACCAUUAAAAAGCGAUUAGAGAACUGUUAUUACUAUAACGCCUCCGAAGCCAUCGAAGACUUUAAGACAAUGUUUACCAACUGUUAUGUGUAUAACAAACCCGGCGAAGACGUCGUUCUUAUGGCACAGACUCUCGAGAAGAUGUUUCUCCAGAAACUGCAAGACAUGCCUAAAGAAGAGACCGAAAUAGCGAUGCCUUCACUGAAGGGACCGAAAGGCAAGAAAGGGAAGGGAAAGGGAGGCCCCAGAGGUCGAGGUGCCGCUUCAUUCCUCGCGACCCGAAGUAAUGCCAUUGCGUCCCAAUUGGGAGCGCCGUCACAGCCGACAGCUCCGAGUCUGACACCAGUGUUGCAGAACUCAGUGGGA